GGGUGGGGCCUACAGCCGCGCCUGCGCACUGCCUCCCCGCCGGGCCCGGGCGCAGCGGUGACCUCGAGUGGCGGUGGGAGAAAAUGGCGGCGUCGGGGAUCGCCCUGAAGGUGCGGCAGCUGAGCACGUCGGCGGCUCGGCCGGUCUCCAAGCUGGUGAAGCCGCCCAUCCAGGUGUACGGGCUGGAGGGCCGCUACGCCACCGCGCUGUAUUCCGCCGCCACAAAGCAGAAGAAGCUGGAGCAGGUGGAGAAGGAGCUGGGCCGAGUGUGGACUCUUUUGAAGGACCCUAAGCUGUCCAGCAUUAUUAUGAACCCUCACACCAAGGGCGCAGUUAAACAGAAAGCUGUAAAUGACGCUUUAGCUAAAGAGAAGAUGUCCCCUAUUACCAUCAACCUGAUGAACCUGCUUGCUGAAAAUGGUCGCUUGCGCUACACUCCGGGCAUUGUUUCUGCUUUUGGGAAGAUCAUGAGCGCAUUCCGAGGAGAAGUACUGUGCACAGUCACCACUGCACAGGUGGGUUAGGAACGUCAGGGUUGA